UUGCUCGCAUUUAUGUAUCGAUAUUUGCACUCUGUGGGGAUAAGUUUUGUAAUUUUAGUGUUAAAGAAACCGCAGUGUGUUAACCGCAUUUGCUCAUACGUAUUGUUUUUCGUGAAUUUUGCAUUAAAAAGUGGUGAACUGAGCUGCAGCUUGUGAAUCAAUUUCUAAAUUUGUUUGGUCACAUCAAUAUCACCAAAUUAGGACGCUUUAUUGUCCUGUCACUUUUCCUGACUGUGACGCAUUUUUCUACACUUGGAAUAAAUCUGUAAAACCAACCACUGUGAUUUUUUACAUUCUUUUACCUCAAGACUGAACAGAGUCAUUUCACAAACAUAUCUACACGUGCCAAACGGAUUCCCAGAGCGUUUCCAUAAAUUCGCAUCUCAUUUCGUUUCCAUCUUAGUCUAAAAUUCCAAGCCAUUUCUACCCAAGAAUCUAGCAAAGGUUUCCUCCAGAGCAAUGUUUAGUGUGGCGGAUCUGAAGUCAUUCUUGAAGAUCGGACGAAUAUCGAUAGACAAUUGGGUUUUCGUCUUACAUUACAAACUUACUGUUAUAAUACUCAUCGUGCUUUCAAUACUUGUUGGCUCAAGCCAAUAUUUUGGGGAUCCGAUUGAUUGUACAAUUCCACCAACUGAGAUAUCAAAUUAUGUCGAUAGUUACUGCUGGUUUAAUGCCUACACCUUAGUUGAUGAAAACGGAAAUGUUUUUACCCAAGUCAAGAAAUUAGAACUUCAUAAUAGAAAAAUAAGCUCCGGACAGUACUCGACAGAUAUUAAGCAUUACAAAGAAGUUAAGCAGAAUUUUUACCAAUGGAUCGGAAUGGUCCUUCUUAUCCAAGCAGGGUUCUUUUACGCCCCCCGGUUCAUCUGGAAGACGCUGUUUGAAGAAGGUCGUGUUAAGGAACUGGUCAGAGGCUUGGAAAGUCACAUCACAGAAGACUCUGAAUUUGAAAAGCGUCAAGAAAAAAUAAUUGAAUAUAUCAAAAACAACAAAGGGCAUCACUUAUUUUACGCCCUCAAAUUUUUCUUCUGCGAAGUGCUCAACUUUGUCAACGUUAUUGCUCAAAUAAUACUUACUGAUUGGUUCUUGGGCCAUGCGUUUCUCAAGUACGGCCUGCAAUGGCUGUGGUACGACUCUAGUGACGACGUCGGUGAAGUUUUUCACCCAAGCCAUCGGUACUUCCCGAAGGAAGCGUUGUGCCGAGUGUAUUUUGGAAGUCCUACGGGUGCUGAAUCAAACUUUUACUCUGCCCGGUGCAUUUUACCGAUUCAGAUCUUUAAUGAGAAGAUUUAUUUAUUCCUGUGGUUUUACUUCAUCAUUCUCGCAGCAAUUACCGGAUGUAUGCUGGUAUACAGGGUGAUUGUCCUCUUAUUUCCCGGCGUCAGGUACUACUUAUUCUGCAAGAAAGCCUGGGCGACAGACGAAAAAAUUCUACGAACUGUCGUUUACGACUUUGAUAUUGGGGAUUGGUUCAUUAUUUACCAGAUGGUAAAGAACACGGAUCCCUUUGUGUUUGCAAAACUGAUGAAAAGAGUGCAUGAAAAGCUGGUCAGUGGUUCUAGAGCAUUUUCUGCCAUUGGAGGUGGAGAAGAAUCCCAUGACCAGCUCUUGGACGUGUACGCGACAAAUGCAAAUUACGACAUUGACGAAAAGCAUGAGAAGUUAAACUUAAAUCAGGGACUCGCACGCCCAUAUUUCCCCAAUAAUUAAGGAAUUGAUGGAACAUGUAUAAGUAAUAUUGCUCAGAAACUUUACAAAGCAUUAUGAAUUUAAUAAACAAACUACAAACUGGUUAAUUCAUUGUGAUA